AUGAUGCCCACGAAACCUACAUUGUCGGUGGUUGUUCACUCCGAGCCAUCACGGCUUCAGAUGCAGGCUGCCAAGCGCAGGUCUUCGUUCCACCCUAGAGCGUCUCGCAGUGCAGUGUCGGUAGCUACCACUGCCGACUCCCCGGCCAUCGGAGCGGGCCUCAGCAGGCACACAGGCCAGCGGUGCUUCUUGGGGCUCUGGGCGCAGGCCAUGUGGAUAACGCUCAACUUCCGAAGGGACCCGGAAUUAACCCAGGUAAGAGUCUUUCCAGCUAAGGUAGUGUAUGGAGUAUCAUUUGAUGACUGGUACAGAGAGUUUUCUCGAAUUCCCCAGGCAAAGGUCAAUGCCUACCCUCGUUUCAACCUCCAAUCGCUCAACUCUCACCCAACUCUCACCUGUACCUCUGCAUCAUUCCGAGAAAUAUUGGCCUUUUCUCCCAUGGGCGAUGGCCAAGCCGUUGGGUUCGGACUAGGUCUUGCCCUGGGCGAUGUUUUCAGCGGCACUGUCGGGUGGCGAUGGGGGCUUCAUGCUGCUGCGAUCCUUCAUGUCGUUGUUUUGGCCAUUGCCCUCACGAGCCUGGCUUUCAUGUCCUAUGUCCUUGGUAUCGUUACGGACUCUGACGCGGCCCAGCAUAUGCGUCAACCGCUCAACAUCGUGCUCCUCGGCACAGGUGUGGCUCUCGUGCCUGAGGGCGGCCCCAACGAGCUAUGGGAAAACGAACCAUUUACCUCGGUAUGCAUCACCGUCUUCCUUGAUGUUCGUGGUUUCUCGAUGUUAACGUCGUCCUUGUACUCCCUUCCAGCACCCGUCUGCGGCCUUCUCACGAACAUCGCCGUUGCGGUCUUUCUGUCACGUCUCGAGCAUCCUAUGCCGUCACGGUUGCUUGUUUUGGGGGUGGACUUCCUCCUGCGAGAUGGGGGCGACGUAAGAUUACCCCUUCGCAUCUCCAGCGACACAGUUGCGUUUUCUGACAUUUGCAUACUUCAAGUCACUUCAAAAAACAUGGACGAGCCUAUCGAGAUUCUGGGCCAGCAGCCCACUCUCAAAAUCUACACCCAGAUAGCGGUCUGCUUUUCCGUCGAAGAUGACCAAUCCUAUGCAAACAUCACCAAAACUCUGACAAGCGGUCUUGAGCGACUUACCGCCGGGUUUCCCUGGGUUGCAGGGCAGAUAAUCAACGAGGGCGCGAGCGAAGGUAACACUGGCAUCUUCAAGAUCGCGCCACUGGAACCAACCCCGCCCUUGAUUGUCAAGGAUCUGAGAGAGGACCCAUCAGUAUCGUCGAUGAAAGACAUGAAAACGUCAGGCUUUCCCUUCGCCAUGCUUGACGAAAGCAUCGUCUGUCCUCGCCCGACUCUACCCAUCGACCCCAAUCUAGUAGGGAAACCUGAGCCAGUUUUCAUCACCCAAGCUACGUUCAUCAAAGGCGGGCUUAUUCUCGCAUUCCUUGGCCACCAUCAGGUACUCGAUGGAACCGGGCAAGGACAACUCAUCAAACUCCUGUCCAAGGCGUGUAAGGGCGAAGACUUCACCGAAGAGGAAAUUGCAACUGGAAACCUGUCACGACACAACAUUAUUCCCCUCCUCGACGACUUUGAGGGUGGGCUCGAGACUGAUGCGAUGAUCAUCAAGCCCUCAGCAACGCCGGCAACGGCACCUGCCACGUGCAGCUGGGCCUACUUUGACUUUUCUGCAGCUUCUCUUUCAGCCUUAAAGUCAUUGGCUUCGGAGACGGUCAAGUCAGGCUAUAUCACAACAGACGAUGCCCUUACUGCCUUCAUCUGGCAGUCAAUCAGUCGCAUUCGUAUGGGAAUCCCUCAAACGUUUCCAGCCCUCAUACAAAGCAUGACGAAAAAUUCCAUGGCGAUCAAGGACCUCGUCGAAAGACCACUGGGGGAAGCGGCAUCUCAGCUCCGAUCUGCUGUGGAUCCUACAGCCUUGAGCUAUGGAGUACGAGCUUUGGCGACACUCAUGAACCAAGCGGCCGAUAAGAGUGUCUUCUCAUUCACCGGGACCCUUCAUCUCGAUAGAGAUUUGGCUUUUAGUUCCUGGGCGAAACUCGAUCUUUAUGAGCACGACUUUGGAUUGGGAUUGGGCAAGCCUGAGUCGGUCCGGAGACCGCAAUUCACACCCGUGGAGAGUCUUGGCUACCUGCUUCCCAAGGCACUAGAUGGCAGCAUCGCACUAGCAAUAUGUUUAAGGGACGAGGACAUGAAUGGGUUAAAGAAGGAUGAAUUAUGGUUGAAGUAUUCAAAGUACAUAGGAAAGUAA